CUCUACAAUAGGAUGUCGAUUGUAUGGAAAGCGGUCAAAGACUACAACUCCCAGUGAAUUGUAAAACUUUCUUUCCCCCUCUCUCGUUGAGUAGGGGGAGUAGUCACAGCUGGAAGGAUAAUAAGAUGCGCAUGAAUUGACUGAAAUAAGCGAUAAAGGACAUUAAAUGGCCGGGUCGGUCCGUCUCAACAAGCUUUUACACGAGUUCUCAGUUGCUAUGUGCUUUAGUCAAGUUACGCGUUCGUCGGAGACUUUCAACAAAGUGCAGGUUAAACUUGAGACGUCGCUUUCCUCAGUUGAUGGAGAUUCAAAGUUUGCUCGGUCCACUCGCACUGGAAAGAAAUGCCUCCUUCGUUGACUGUGAAGGCUUCCUGUGGUCAGAGUGGAUCAGUGACUUCAUUAAAAACAAGGAGCACCACUUCAAGAUAUGACGUCUGUUGCAGGGCUACUCCGGAAUGUUCAGAAACUUUAUUUCAUGUGGUAAACAACAGUGCCGUGUGGCACCACUGAUUUUAGUUGACACUCUGGAAAAUCCCAGAUUUCUGACUCACUAAGACUGAUGAGUACCAAAGGUAUUCCCAGCCAAAUACCCUGUCACGGAACCCUGUAGUAUUCAACUUUGCAAGUCGCCAUUGGAAGAAAGCCAAUGUCUGCCUCCUCUCCCGCAUCCUUACCUCGAGCCUACCUCCACUCUCUCCAUCCGCACCAUCCGACCUUGCCAGCCAUUCUGUCCCCUUCCCCGGUUGGACCGCUCUACACACGGCUGUCCAACGGAAGCCACGAUGCCCCGAGCCCCACCAAUUCUCGUAGCUCUUUCCAUGGGGUGUCCUUCCUGCUGCAGAUUGGACUGACAAGGGAGACAGUCAACCUGGAGGCCAGUGACCUGUCGCUUUCGGCUGUCAAGGACCUGGUGUGCUCUAUAGUGGACCAUAAGUUCCCAGAGUGUGGCUUCUUUGGCAUGUACGACAAGAUCUUGCUGUUUCGCCAUGACCUAAAUGAUGAAAACAUUCUGCAGAAGCUGACCUCCGCGGAAGACAUCCACGAGGGAGACCUCAUUGAGGUGGUGCUUUCCGCCCAAGCCACAGUUGAAGACUUCCAGAUUCGACCCCACGCCCUCUAUGUCCACUCCUACAAGGCCCCCACCUUCUGUGACUACUGCGGGGAGAUGCUGUGGGGUCUCGUUCGGCAGGGGCUGAAAUGUGAAGAUGCUUCCCGAGCAGACAAGAAGGAGAGUCGCUGUCCGACACCGGGCUGCGACGGCACGGGUCACGUGACAGGCUUGUACCCUCACCAUCGGAGCCUGUCGGGCUGUCCGCACAAGGACAGAGUGCCACCUGAAAGUAAGCCGUUGGUUGUCACACCAGUACCGACAUUAUUUGCUCAACCUGUGGCCUCCACCUUUCAUGACGCCCUGCAUGUCUCCCUGUGA